AUGUCUGUCCGACUCCCGUCGCAGAAGCGAUUCGCCCCGUCCAGGCCAAAGGGGCUGGGAGGCAGACCUGGAGGUCCGACAGUCGGUGCACCCAAAGCACCGGCGGCUGGCUUCGCACAGCCUCGAGUGCCAUCUUCGAAUGCUGCGGCCGCUGGACAUUCGGCUGCUGGAGCUGCGGAGAGCGCUACGACCGAGGAUGGCAAUGCAACUGCCGGCCCUUCCCGGAGUGAUGUCUCCACUGGUGCUACCUUGGCCGCUACCGGUGCCCCGGCGGAUGCUACAGGGACGAGACCUUCAUCUUCGCCUGUAACACGUCCUAGCGCUGUGCCGCCGUCAGUAUCUGCUGCUGGCAGCUAUAGCAAUGGCAACGCCGGCGAGCGAUCAACGGCACGGACUCGGUCGCCAACCCAUUCACCUGUCGCCUCCCUUCGUCGUCUAGAUGGCGACAUACCACCCACACUCUCCCCUACCGCCUCUAUCCGGCCCUCGCCUGCUCCUCGGCCUGCACCUCGCGUCUCCGCUUCCCCCGCGCCCUCCUCUCGCGCUCGCUCCCUCUCACGUCAACCCAGUGUGACCCCCUCCAUACGGUCCGGUAAACGCCCAUCUCUCAUCGCUGCCGCAGAGAAUCGGCAGACUCCACUCAAUAUCGUCGCUCCUCCAAAGGCAAGGCGAAAGGCGGAGAAGGCACGAGCGGCGGAAGAGGCGGAACGGCAGAGCGAGAUGGGCACGCCGGAUUCGAGCUCGGGCCUGCCGCCAACGCUGAGUGCUGUGCCGCUGGAGGCUGGAGAUAUCAAUAGGGAUCGGACGGCUACACCACGCCAGUCGUCUACUGUACCUGGUCCGCGUGAACGGCGGACGGAGACGGUCACUCCUGUUCCACGGUCCAAUAAUGCGGAGACAAGCGGGAGUGUGAUGGAUAGCGCCGCGAUGGCGGAGCGCCUGGUACAGCAGCUUCGGCAGAUGCGGCAGUCGGCUUCGCCAGCGCCGGCCGGUGUGGAUCAUGGCGAGGUACCACUGUUCAUGCCCGCGGACAGCCCACAUGAGGCAGAGGUCCACGAUGGGUACGGAGCGCCCGACGAGCUUCUUUCAGGUGAAGAGGAUGAGCAGUACGAUGAGGACGGGCAGAUUAUCAGGCAGGAUGGGGGCCAGGCGAAGAAGAAGGGGAAGGCGAAGGCGCCGGUAAAGCGGAACAUCGCGACUCAGCGGAAGAAGUUCAAGCGGAAGCGGCCAGCCAAGGAGGAUACGACGGAUGAGGAGGAAGCAGGGGAGGGGGGAGAUGGGAGUGACGGAGAGCCGAACGAACUGGAUAUCUCGGAUGACGAGGAUAUGGACCUGGCGGGGCCGAACGCUGGGAAGAGGCGGAUGAAGGGGAAGAAGCGGAGACGGAAAACUCAACGACAGUCCGUCUUCCAGCCUGUCAAUCUGGACGAAGCCGAGGUCGGCGAGAUGAUCGGUGAAGAGGUCGACGAAGAGAAUAUGCAGAUGGCCGACAUUGCCACUCGGCGGUCAGGGGAGGGCAAGGUGUCUGCCCGAGCCAAGGAGCUGAACGUCUACCUUCGCGACUUUUCACGGCGGAACAAGGACCGACUGUACGAGGAGAAUCUCGAGCGAUACGAGCGGCGUCAAGUCCUCCGGCGGCAGAUCCGGGCACUGCGGAACGCGAAGCGAGAAGAAAGGCGGGCAGAGGUACGCGAGCAAGGCGGGGAUCCGGAGGAUGAAGUCAGUGAGGACGAGCCCAACUCGGAAACGGAGUUUGAGGUACGGCCGGAGCGGCUCACACCGCCGAGUUCGCCGGAGCCAGGAGGAGCGGGCGCGGAAAGACCGCAGCGGGAGCGGGAGGAUGGGAACGAGGAGGAGAUUGAGGAGCAGGAGUACGUGGAGCCGCCUGAAGGCGCCGCGUUGGGGCUGGGGCUGGACGAUGAUGAGGAUGACGAAGCCGCACCAGAGGAGCCAGAGGAAGAGAUAUUCGAUCCCAAUACCCAUAUGCCGGCGGACACGCACGAGCGUCACGAGGACGAGGAAUUUGAUCCGGAACUCGCCGCUCUUGGGUUUACGUCCGGACCGUCCCGGUAUAAUGAGGACGAUGAGGAGGUUGAUCCAGACGCCGGCGCGUCGCUCGAGCAGCUGUAUGAGGAGCUGAACGAUACGCGGCGGACGGCGCUGCAGCGGAAUAUGGAGCGGGAGGUUAUUGAGGAGGAGCAGACGGGCAAGAUGCCGAAUAGUCGGAGUUACGCCAAGAAGGUCAAUAAUGAGCGGUGGUCUGCUGAGGAGACCGAGUUCUUCUAUCAGGUCCUUGGCGAGACUGGCGAGAACUAUACCAUGAUGUCCUUCUACUUCCCCGGUCGGACACAACGUCAGCUCAAGAACAAGGGGCGGAAGGAGAACGCUGCUCAUCCUGAUCGGGUGAAUGAGGCUAUCCGAGCUAGAAGGCCAAUCGAUCCCGACUACCUAGCCAAAACAGUAGGCUACGAUCCCAGCGGCUCCACCGAUAACGCCGACCAGCUCCUCGAAGAGACGCGGGACCUCCCCGCUCGGUGGACCCGGGAGGACACAGACCGCGCGCUCGCCGAUAUCCGCGAGGGAGGUGACGAGGAGAAUGGGGAGCGCGUCGAGGAGGUGCAGUAUGAGGAAUCGGCGUUGGUGGAUGGGGAGGAAAAGGAGGAUGAUGAGAUGGAAGGUGGAGAUGAGGACGAGGAGGAGGGGGCGGAUCUGGACAUGGAAGGGGUGGGAGAUGGGGAAGGAGGAGAUGAGGAUAUUGAGGAGGAAGUGUAUCAGGGGGGCAUGGACGUGUAG